UCCCUGGACUCUGGAGCGGCCCGGGACGCGGGGAGACGGGGCUGGAGGAGGGCCUCGCCCGCCUCUCCCCGGGAUGGAGGGGAUGGAGGCGGCGGCCCAGCCUGCGCGCGGCGGCCCGCGAGGAUCUAUAACCGGGAGAACAGCCAGCCCCAUGGAGGUGACUUCAGCCAAGGAGAGAAACGGUCCUGAACCACAGCCAGACAAUGGACCUCUUCCAACACCCUGGCUCUGCUCUGGGGAAGACCAGACACCCAGUCUGAUGCCCUCCCAGCCUCCCAAGGCACGGUUCCGAGGUCCCUCUGUGUUGGAGUCCAAGGUGAAGGCUUUAAAGGAGAAGAUGACAGCCCAUAAGCACGGGGCAAAACCCUGUCCCACUUCUCCUGAGCAUGCAUCCUCCAAGGAAUCCAGAUGCCAACGAGCCAAGGCUAGGGGAGUCCCGCCUCUCUCUGAGGGCUUUCCCCAGCCAGGUGCCAUGGUGGUCCCCUAUUCUCAGAACCUGACUGAUGGGCAGCUGGGCUACAAUAUCAGUGAAGAAGAACCUGCCAGGAACGGGAACUUCAGUCCUCCGAGGUUACCUGCCCCUGGGCUAAAGUCCUGGAAUGGGCAGAGCCCAUGGCCUCCUGAAGCCAAGAGUCCACUGCCAGGACCUGGCUCUUUGCAAGAGAGCCCAACCCAUCCACCUACUGCAGGCCAGCCUCAGGGGCCCAAGCUAUGGAAAAACACUCACAUGUCCAGCCUGAAGACAGGAACAUCAUACCCUCUUCAAGAUGGUCUGGUCAUAGGGCGAGAUCUAGACAACACAGUCCUGACCUCUAAGGAGAACUUGGUUCCCAGGACAGCCCUGCUGGAGGCACUGUGGAGAGCUGGUAAUCCGGGGGCUCCGGGCACUAGGAACAGUGUUUUGUCCCUGUCUGACCGAGUGGAGAGGAACCGCCUAGUGCUGCAGGAGAUACUGAAGAUUUCUGGACAGAGUCCCCCUAAAGUGGGAAGCCCACCUUGGACUCCAUCCUGGGACAGAGCUGCACCAGAGCAACUGGCAGAGGAUGUGGACUGGGACUCAGACACUCCCCUGCAGGAUACAGGUCAGGGCAGGGCCCGUGGUCCCAAGCCGGAACCCGUGCUGAGAGUCGGGCAUGAGGAAGCCAAGCAUCUGUUGCAGCGUGCCCGCAUGAAAGCCAGGACCCAGCCCCUCCGUGCCAACCAUGAUAUUGUGCCCACCAUCACGCAGGGCAGCCGAGAUGGUCGGAGAAGCCCACACAUGGAUGCCAGGAUGACCUCUGCUUCCACAGACAGUCUCCAAAAUGGGAACCUGAGAGACUCAUCCAGUGGAGAGUCCAGCAAUGGGCAGGGGCCCAAGCGGGCCCCACCUCUGUCGCAUGUCCGCUUUGAGGAUGAGUCCGCCUGUGAGGCCGAGGUUCGCUGCCUGGAGCGGCUGCAGCAGCGCCAGCGCCAGAUGCUCAGCGUGGUGAUGCAGGCUGUGGGCCAGGGUCCCCUGUGCUCGAAGCCUGAUGUCACCAACUACAUUAACCGGGACCUGGGGGCCAGGGCAUCCAACAGGCCCCUGUGUUGUGUGGACAGCAGUAGCCUCUCUGCUUCAUCACUGGCAUGGGGCAGCAAGAGGAAGUGUCAAGCCUGUGGCACCUGUCUUGAGGAAUGUCACCCUAGCGAGGGGAAGGCCACUCUUGACCCAAGGGUCUUCCAGGGAUCCCAGGUGGCUCGUGGGGCAGAGACAGGGCUCCGGGACUCAUAUAGUUCCCAUAGCCUGGGAAUCCCAUUCCCACUCCUCCCUGCUGAGCCAGGGCUCCAUGUGGGAUCGAUCCGGGAAACACACAUCGGAGACACUGUUGUCACAUGCCCUGAGGAGGGGGACUCUGGCCUGGAUACCACUGACACCUCGGACAGCUACCGGACUGACAGCGAGGAGGCCAGGACCUCUCAACCCAGCAGGGCAGGCAGGCAGACCCGAGGCAGCAGCAGCCUCCGACAGCGACACCAGGGCUGCCAGCCGCAGGGAGGACGAAGGCCGGCCAGGAAAGGUGACAGGGAGCUGCCCUGCAGCCUUCAGGCCAAACCUCACCUGCCUGGGUCUGAUGAUGGGGAGCCAGGAGAAGGGCUGAAAGGAGGCAGAGGUCACAGGGCCCAGGAAACUUGGUUUCUGAGGGAAGAUGCCGUCCAGAAAACCCCUGCUUCAGAACCCAAGAGCUCUUCUCUGGCAUCCCAGAAGCAGUGUGGACCAGAACUGGGAAAUCAGCGGGACCGUUCUGGGGCCUCCUGUGCUCCACGCACGACAGCCGGUGCUGCAUUGUCUUCCAUGACGCCUGCGCCCUUAGGGUCAGGCCGACCAGAAAACCGCGACUCCGCGCACACUGGGUGCGCUUCUUCCGUGCAAAUGGGCCGUGCAGAGCCCUCCGCCUCUCACCAAGUCCAGCAGCCGGCAUCGCCUCUGUCCCCCGAAGGCUGGAUACCAACCCCUCCCUCAUCAAGAAAAUCAGCUUGUCCUGUGCCUCACAGGGAACGAGCCCAGACUGGAUACCACAGGCGGGGUCACCAGGCAGAGCCUGCAGGUGCUGUGCUGGGUGAUGAAGUUACAGCAGUCUACAAGACCCCACUUCCGGCCCCAGGAGCAUUCCAGGACUGUCUCGGCUCAGCAGACGCCGCCACUGUCAACUCCACGGCCAUUACCCUCUCUCUGGCCUCUGAGGAGCCAGAGGCCAUCCAGGAGUCAUCAGGAAGCCUGCAGAGGGCAGAGUCCAGUUCUGGAGGACACAUGCCACCCAGAGCAUCCCUUGGGGCCAGACCAGCUUCCGCUGCUCCAUCUGAUGAGAGGAAGAAAAGGACCAGCAACAUCGCCUCCACUCUGGGGCUGAAAAAGCUCUUCUCAGCUUUGGGCCACACUUCCCGGCCCAAAAUGGGCACAUCCCGCAGCUACAGUGUGGAGCAGCUGCAGUGCGUGGCCCCUGGUCCAGCUUCACAUACCAGCAUCCUCAAAGAGAAGAGAGCCCCAUCAUUACAGUUCCUGCACCUGGUGUCACCCUCCCACCAGCACCGGAAAGCGGCCUCCUUUCAGAACCUCCAUUCUCUGCUGAGUGGCAAGGGGGAUCGGUCCAGCCUCUACCUGGUAGAAAGCCCAGGAGACCCCAGGGCACCUGGAAGGCCAGCCAGGACCCCUCCCCGGCGUACCCUCAGUGUGGAAGACGUGGGUGCCCCUAGCCUGGCUCGCACAGUGGGCCGUGUGGUGGAGGUGUUCCCAGACGGCACAAGCCAGUUGCAGCUGCAGCGCCCCCCGGAGGGCACUUUUGGCUUCCGCGUGGCCUAUGGCAAUGGCCACCGGGACUCAGGACUCUACGUGCAGGCAAUGGCUGACCUGGAUACUGCCAAGCUGUACUCAGGCCUGCUUGGGGUGGGGGACGAGAUUCUCGAAGUAAAUGGGGCCAAGGUUGCUGGACUGGGUUUGGCUCACAUCAAGGAGCUGCUGGCGCGUGUGGACAGCUUGUCAGUCCGUGUUCUGAGACACAGGCCUGCCCCUCAGUGACUGCUCACCUUCCUCCCCGCGCGACCCGCUCUACCUGGACUGGCUGGAAACUCACUGCCCAGCCAUUUUGUGUGCCCAAAGCACGGAUUGUGGUGCCACCUAGCACUCGGGGCUGUGAUUUACCACUUUAAGGAGAGGCAAGGAGCCCAUUUGUGUAUUUCACUGAAGGCCAUUACCUCAUGCAGGUGUGGGGGAAGAAAAUACUGGUCUUUGGUCUCCUUCCAUGAUGGAGGUGGUGGUAACAUCACCUCUUUGUUGGUGGGGGAGAACACUUGACUGGGAUCUUGGGUUGGUCCCUGAGAGCUGGCCUCAGGUGAAGACUCCUCAGUCUCCAGCACUCCAGAGACAGAGACAAAGACAGUAGCCGUGUUGGCUUUGCACACCUCUGUUUCAGCUGUGGCUCCCCUGGCUUCCAUGCCCCACCUUCGUUCCUUAUCCAGAAAGGGCAUAGUGUCCCCAGGCACAGCGUUGGAGCCAGGAGCACAUAUUCCAAAAGUAAACAAUGAGAUGUGUGGCCUGCUGAGUUUCAUACAACCCUUCUGGGUGUAUGGACAUCUGGGAGAUGUUAUCUGGUAGCCAGAAUAUUAAGAAUUUCUAGGAAAUUUUUACGAUACGUAAAGUUGAAAGGAAAAAAUGAAACCCUUGCCAAUUUCAGGGAAGUGCGACUGUGCUAAGUCAGGAUGCAGCAGGGGGGAGGGAGCCAGCCCACCCCUCCGCCUCCACCCUGGGGAGGCUGGGAUUGCUGUAGCCGGCCCUGGGAGGGCCUCUGCCUUUGUUCUCCUGUCCAGCUUGGAGACAGGGCUGCAGCUGGUGUCUGGCUGUCCCUCAGCUGCAAGGUUCCUGUACAGACCUCCCUGGUGGAAGCUGUGGGUGGGCGGCAGGCAGCAGCAAGGUUGUGAGACCCAGGAGUGGCCAUUCUGCCUGGACACAUCCCAUUCGGUUUCCACUGCCCUGAGGGUUGGGUCUCUACAAAUGCAAGUACAAGUGUGCUGGUGUUAAAUUAUUAAAAUGCAGAGCUGAUGCUUUCAUCCUGUCCUCACCAGUGCUUGGAAGGGGCAGGGCGGGAGCUGAGAGGCACAGGUAUGGGGGAGGCCCCAGGCAGGAUGGAUGCAGGAGAGUCUGCAGACAGUCCUUGGGCUGGGAGACAAGCUCUGACAAGGCUUAUGAUGAGAGAACAUGGAGCU